AUGCCCUGCCAGAAGGAAGACACCGCAGAGUCUACCGUGACAAACAACGAUUUCACCGAGAAGGACAUUCCCGACCUGACUGGCUAUGUUGCCAUUGUCACAGGAGGAAACAACGGCAUCGGCUACGAGACUACCAAGCAGCUGGCCCUGCGCAACGCCCGUGUCUACAUCGCCAGCCGCUCAGAAUCUCGCGUCAAUGAGGCCAUCUCCAAGAUCAACUCGGAGGUCGGCAAGAGUCUUGACCUGCACUUUCUGCACAUGGACCUGCAGGAUCUCAAGUCGGUCAAGGCCGCCGCCGCCAACUUCCCUGACCAGCGUCUUGACAUUCUCAUCAACAACGCCGGUGUCAUGAAUGUCCCCUACAAGCUGACCAGUGACGGCUACGAGACACAAUGGCAGGUCAACUACCUGGGCCCGCACAUUUUCACCGUUGGCUUGCUCCCCAAACUGCUGUCGACUGCGGCUGCCUCGGAUGAUAAGAAUCGCGUACGCGUCAUCCACGUAUCGAGCGACCUGGCAAACAACGCUCCCGGCGCUCCCAAGACCAUUGACUUUGAGGAUCCCAACAUGUCGGCCGCCAACGGCACGUUCGCCCUGAUGCAGCGCUACGCCCACUCUAAGCAGGCCAUAAUUCGUGACGCCAAGGAGAUUAACGACCGCUACUCUUCGCAAGGCGUCACUGCCUACUCGGUGCAUCCCGGCGUCGUCAACACCGGCCUCCAGUCCAGCGACACGACGUGGAUGGGAUCCGUGAUGCGCACCGUCAUGAAGGUCACCAACAGCACCACCCCGCUGCAGGGCUCGUACAACUCGCUCUUCGCCGCCACCAGUCCCAACGCCCCGGCCCUGCAGGGCAAGUUUCUCACACCCGUCGCCAAGGUCGAGAAGCGCGCCGAGGCCUCGUGGCUGACGCAAAAAGAAGUUAAUUCCGACCUGUGGAACAAGACCGAGGAGCUCGCUCGCAGGUUCUAG